UAGAAUUCCCUUCCAUUAUUUUAUUACGCGCUUAAUUUCCUCUUUGGAUUCGAAACAAUCGCUCCAUUGGAUCGAACUGAAGGUCAAAAGGUAUAUACAAUUCAUUACUCCAAUGGAGAAGAAUCAUCCAACGUUGAUGGGUCCCAUUCUUCUUCUUCUAAUCCCAUGUUUCCACUCCCAAAAACCCCACAUCGAUUCAUGCCUCUGAUUCCGCCCACUCCCAUUCAACGGACCUGAUUCGUGGUGUUCGCCGAUCGCUUUUCAUUCUAUAACCCACAUCACUUUCGUUUCUCUAUUUUUUGUUUCUAUUUUUCUCUCCAGGAUUUGGAGCAGCCAUCGAGGAGAUUGAUUGAUCGGUUCAUCGAUUGAAUGAACUGGAAUCGUGAGUCGAUUCAAAUCAAACAGUAUUGAAUCUUUGUAGUAGAGAAAAAGGCUUUGGAGAUGGAGCCUGAAGAUAGUUUAUGUAGCUCUGAAGUUUGGGCAAAAUCUUCAUCGUUUCCUAAUAUUAAUAUUCAGCAACCUUCACAGAAAUGGGUAGAUCCUUCCAUUUUAGACUAUGCUAUGGAACAACCUUUCCAAGAAUUCGAAGAACGGAUCGAAUCGAAGGCCUCCCUAAUGUGUAGCCCAAAUCAGCGAAUCGAAAUCUUAGAUAAAGAUAGUAAUGAGCUGAAUGCAGGACUUCUAGCUAGUAAAGUUCAAGAUUGGGACCCGAGAGCGAUGCUUAAUAAUCUUUCAUUUCUUGAGCAGAAGAUUCAUCAGCUUCAGGAACUCGUGCAUUUGAUCGUCGGCCGGAGGAACCAAGCCUUGGGGAGUCCCGAUGAACUCGUAGUUCAGCAACAACAGCUGAUAACUGCUGAUCUAACUUCGAUUAUUGUUCAGUUAAUCUCGACAGCUGGUAGUCUGCUUCCUUCUGUAAAGCAUAAGUUGUCUGCAGCUGUUCCUCCGGUCGGGCAGUUCGAGCAGCUCGACAGGGUUCUUUUUGCGUCUGGACCUAGGACUAAUAGUGGUAAUGGAACCAAACUCCCUGAGCUUCCAACCCAAGUAGAGGAAAGUAGCAAAUGUGGGAAGGAACAGAACAUGGCUGUUGAAGAACACGAAUCAAAGGACGAAGAAGACGCCGAUGAACACGAGAACCUCCCGCCCGGUUCAUACGAAAUACUGCAGCUAGAAAAAGAAGAGAUUCUAGCACCUCACACACAUUUCUGUCCGAUAUGUGGAAAAGGGUUCAAGAGGGAUGCAAAUUUACGAAUGCACAUGAGGGGUCACGGUAACGAGUAUAAAACCGCAGCUGCCCUGGCUAAACCGAACAAAGAGUCGAGUUCCGAGACGAUGCUAAUCAAGAGAUAUUCCUGUCCGUUCACCGGCUGCAAACGGAACAAGGAUCAUAAGAAGUUUCAGCCUCUGAAAACCAUUCUAUGUGUUAAAAACCAUUACAAGAGAACUCAUUGUGACAAAAGCUUCACUUGCAGCAAAUGCAACUCUAAGAAAUUCUCUGUAAUUGCUGAUCUGAAAACACAUGAGAAGCACUGUGGGAAAGAUAAGUGGCUUUGUUCUUGUGGGACAACGUUCUCUAGGAAAGACAAGCUCUUUGGACACAUUGCUCUCUUCCAAGGCCACACUCCUGCGAUUCCGCUCGACGAGUCGAAGGGAGCAGCCGUGUCGUUCGAUCAAGGAGAACGCUCGGAUAAGCUUAGGAGCAUAAACUUCAGUUUCGGGUCGAUUGCUUCAGGAGGAAGCUCUGUUGAAACCAUAGUAGAUGCAAAAGCUGGUGUUGAUGAUCCUCUUGGUUGUUUUUCACCUCUGAACUUCGAAUCGUGUAAUUUCGAGGGGUUUCACGAGUUUCCUCGACCGCCAUUUGAGAAUGUAGACAAUGUGUUUUCAUUCCUUAGCCCGGUAUCGGGUAACUACACCCAAAAAUCUGGUGCGGGAUCGAGCUCUAAUAGCCUUGAAUGAAUGAAUGAUGUUUGCUUUCCUGAGUCCUCUUGGUUUGCUGUAAAAUUGCAAUAUGGUGUACUUUUGUAACUUGUUCAGUUCCUAAAUGGAUUGGUUCUGUUUUGUAUAUCGACAAUAUUUAGACAA